CCGGAAGAGGAAGUCGUUGCUGCAGCCGCCCCGCAGCAAUGCAGCGAGAGGAGAAGCAGCUUGAGGCAUCAUUAGAUGCACUGCUGAGUCAAGUGGCUGAUCUGAAGAACUCACUGGGAAGUUUCAUUUAUAAGCUGGAAAACGAGUAUGACCGGCUAACCUGUUUUGCAUUGCUAUCUGGACAGUUGAACACUCUGAACAAGGUUUUGAAGCAUGAGAAGACACCACUGUUCCGUAACCAGGUCAUUAUUCCUCUGGUGUUGUCCCCAGAUCGAGAUGAAGAUCUCAUGCGGCAGACUGAAGGACGGGUACCUGUUUUCAGCCAUGAGGUGGUCCCUGACCAUCUGAGAACCAAGCCUGAUCCUGAGGUUGAAGAGCAGGAGAAACAACUGACAACAGACGCUGCCCGCAUUGGUGCUGAUGCAGCUCAGAAGCAGAUACAGAGCUUGAAUAAAAUGUGCUCAAACCUUCUGGAGAAAAUCAGCAAAGAGGAGCGAGAAUCAGAGAGUGGAGGUCUCCGACCAAACAAGCAGACCUUUAACCCUGCAGACACCAAUGCCUUGGUGGCAGCUGUUGCCUUUGGGAAGGGUCUGUCUAAUUGGAGACCUUCAGGCAGCAGUGGUCCUGGCCAACCAGGCCAGCCAGGAGCUGGGACAAUCCUUGCAGGAACCUCAGGAUUACAGCAAGUACAAAUGGCAGGAGCUCCAAGCCAGCAGCAGCCAAUGCUCAGUGGAGUGCAAAUGGCUCAAGCAGGUCAACCUGGGAAAAUGCCAAGUGGAAUAAAAACCAACAUCAAAUCAGCUUCAAUGCAUCCCUACCAGCGGUGAGUGUGAACAGCAGCCUCCAGUACCAGGUGAUCUUGCACAGUUGUGCAGUCAUAUUACCUUUGCUCAAGGCUCACCUAGAUGGGUACAAUAAACAGAACAUGGGCUUUCAGCAACAGACAGAGCCCAGCUCCACUGGUGACUAGCUAUAUGACUUUGGGCAACAGACCUAAGUUUUCUGAACCUGUUUUCUCAUUUGUAAAUGGUGAUGAUACCUACCUCAUAGGGUUGUUAUGAGGAUUAAAAUGAGAAAAUGACUGUAAAACAUUUAGCACAGUAUAUGAAGUAAUGGGUGCUCAAUAAAUGGUUGUUU